ACAGGAGCAACAUAGUAAACAAGCUUCUCGGCGGUCAUCAUGUCCCUGCCGUUUCUUCCAGGAAACAGCUUCAAAGACCCAACUAGGACCAAGUAUCACGUGAGUCAGUCGCUUGGCUUCAAGAACGGGUAUGCUUUGGCCUCGCGACCUCUCCGCGCGGUAGGGGGCGAUCCUCUGCUUGUAAACCAACUGACAGACGAUGCUCUGGACGAAUUGGCCAACACCCAACCAACUCUCACCUACGGAAACAGUACAAAACCGGCUCCAGUAGAAUUUGUGCCUGCACACGUUGCAUUUGACAAAAAGGUCCUAAGGUUUGACGCCUACUUCAAACAGACGGUACAUGAGUCUCCAAACGAGCACUACAGACUCAGAGAUGUGAGGGUGUUCUACUACCUGGAGGACGACUCUAUAUCCGUCGUGGAGCCAAUGGUGGAGAACAGUGGUAUUCCACAGGGGAAGCUGAUCAAGAGACAGAGGAUUCCUUGCGAUGAGCUGGGUCGACUGUGGCACUGGAAGGACCUCAACCUGGGAAUCGACGUCACUUUCUAUGGCAAAGACUUCAUGGAGAGUGAGGGAAUAGAGCUGUCAGCUGCAGAGGCGAUGCCAACUGACCCAUACACACAGACCCGCCACCUCCCCACCUACUCAUACACCACUCCCUCCACCUACGACAAACUGAAACAGUUUAUUGAGAUGGAUCGCCAUGUCCUCCACUUCUUCUGCGUCUGGGACGACAGAGACAGCAUGUUCGGAGAGAUGAAACCUUACAUCCUACACUACUACCUGGUGGAUGACACAGUGGAGAUAAGAGAGAUCCACGAACCAAAUGAUGGCAGAGACCCUUACCCAGUGCUGCUGUGUCGACAGAGACUGCCCAAAGAUCGCAGCUGCCUUCCUGCAAAUUUCCCAGCUGGAGUGAUGGAGGUGUCAGAGAACGAGGUGAAAGAAUGGCUGUCUCCAAUAGACCUUGGAAUUGGCAAGACCAUCAACAUCAUGGGCAGGAGGUUCCUCCUCUAUGACUGCGAUGGGUUCACCAAAGAGUUUUACAGAGUGAAUUUCAACGUCACUAAUUUCACUCCAAUUCAAGUCCAGCAGCUUCCGCCACAGGCAGUGGAGCAACCUCUCCCUCCCUACAAUGGGUUUGGGAGUCUUGAGGACAGCAAACAGUCGUGUCUCUCUCUCAUCCCACAACCUCCCAAAAAAGACUUCAUCAAGAUGUUGGAGAAUGAUGGAAAAGUUCUCAGAUUUGCCGCAGUCAUGGAUUCUCCAAGAGCUGAAGAUGAACAUCGCAAGUUCAUAAUCUCCUACUACUUGUCAGACGACACUAUGGCCAUAUUUGAACCACCACAGAGAAAUGCAGGUAUCCUUGGAGGCAAGUUUCUAGAGAGAAUGAGAGUCCUGAAGCACCGGUUUACUCUGACUGAUGCAGAUGAGUACGUUCUCAAGUACAUGGAGGCCCACGCUGACCAGUUUCCCACGGCAACCAUCCAGUCUCUCCAGAAAAAACAUGGGAAGCUGCCACCUAGCAACUGA